AUGACCCUCUCAACUGGUAGAGUCCAAUUCCUUGUGCUCCUGAUAUUCCUGAGCAGGAGUUGCACCUCUUUCUCCAAUAACGCCACAGAGUCACUCAAUGCACACCCAACCAAUGUCCCUCAGGAGGAGCCAGCUAAUGAAGAUACAAACCAAGCAAGGAAUGGUGGGAGACGGCAGUCUGAACAAGUCAAUACUGAACCAGAUCAAAGCCAGGUGGGCUGCAGGGAGUUGAGAUCAACCAAGUACAUUUCAGAUGGCCAGUGCACCAGCAUCAACCCCAUUAAAGAGCUGGUCUGCGCUGGGGAGUGUCUGCCGGCUCACCUGCUCCCCAACUGGAUUGGCGGCAGUUACACCGGGAGGUACUGGAGCCGUAGAGAGACCCAGGAGUGGCGCUGCGUCAUCGACCGAACCCGGACCCAGCGAAUCUGGCUCCAGUGUGAGGACAGCAGCACCAGAACCUACAGAAUAACCGUGGUGACCUCCUGCAAGUGCAAACGCUACUCCAGACAGCAGAAUGACUCGGGACACAAGGACGCUGCAGUCCACAGUGGCCGUCAGAAGAGAAAACACAAGAGGGAUUAACUCCCGGAGGAGUAAACCACAAACACAAAAGAAAUCACCCAAAAGCCGCCCUUGUCUCCAUUCUUUCCAUGUACACGUAAUAAGAAAGUGGGACUAAGUGCUGCAGGUUUAGUCUUAAACACUCACUACUCUGCAUUUCCCUCAAAGUGUCAUAUGCAGCCAAUUACUGUUUUUAUAUUUAGAUUAUACAAUAUGUGCUAGAUUGGUUAAAAAAAAAAGGUCAUUUGCCUGAGAAAUGUAGUACUGUAAUGAUAUAGAAACAUAAUGUCAUCAAAUGGAACAUAGACCAAACAAAAAAAAUAAUUUAUGAACUGCUUAGCAACACAUAAUGUACCACAGUAGCAUUAGCCUUUUGCUAGUUAGAAGCCUUGUUACUCGUGGUUCAUGGAGGUUAAAGGAACAGCUGGGCAGUGCCGUAAUAAAUGUGGGCCGAAGACUGUUUCAAUUAUGCCAUAUGAACUUAUUCUGU